UAAAAGACUUGGUUGCACAACUGCAGCGAGCAUUUGAUAUCUAAACGUAAAAGCGUUCAAUAAAACUCACUCAUCACUACCAGACUGAAUCGGAUUUUACCAUCGGAUUUUCUUUCAUUUUCCAUUAUUUUUUCGCGUUGCUGCUCGUUUCUGUUGCAUUUUUGGUGUGGAACCUAAUAUUAUUGUUGUUUGAAGUGCGCGCAAAUUUUCUAAAUUACUGUUGAUUGGAUUGUGUUGAUGUGAAAAAUUUUUAAGUGAAGUUCAGAUCAAAGUUAAGAAGCUGAAAUUGAAAUGAAGAAAUUGUUGACGUUGUGCUUUUUGAAUUUGGUGUCGUUGGCGCUUUGCACGAAUAAUGUGCAGACGGACGAAACGCGUAAAACAUCCGUUCGUUCGGCAUCGGCAGCGGUUGGAACGAAUGCCCACCUGAAUUCGUUGCAAUCUAGUCAGGACAGUGGUGGCAAACAGCAGCAAUCAUCGCAAGUGCAAAGUGGAACAGGUCAAACGACAUUCACAAGAGUUCAAACUCCCGAAUUUACAUCGAUCACUCAACCACACAAUGUUUACACGCAGCCAACAGCACCAACGGGUGGAUACUUCAUUUCAGUUAAUCCACAAAAUGUUCCUUCGGCUGCUCUCGGUGCAGGUCCAACGCCAGUAAUCAUGCAGUAUUUGCCACACAACGCUCAACAAGGUCCAAUUCAAUAUCUUCAGCUCAUACCGACGCGUCCGUUGAUCGUUCCAAUCAGCCCAUAUAUAUCGGGAUAUCCGUCAGGGAAUCCCUACUCAACACCAGUGAGUGGUCCAACAGCUCAAGCAACGUCGAAUUCACCGUAUGCUUUGCCACAUCAUUCAUACGCACCAUCAACCAGCAGCUACGCCAAUAGCUAUUCACCAUCAGCAAGCACCUAUGGUAACAGCUAUUCACCAUCUCUGUCCAGCCCAAUUGGCAACAACUAUUCACCAUCUCUGUCCAGCCCAAUUGGCAACAGCUAUUCACCACCUCUAUCCAGCCCAAUUGGCAGCUACUCAACGAAUUAUUUAACGUAUUUCCGACCAAAUAACGGCAUGCAAAUGGUCAACGGUCCUGAGCUGAGCCUAAAUACGAACGAAUACAUUCCACUUACAAAUGACAAUACGUACAAAAUGCGAAGAGUUUGAAACCACACGCAGACGUUUCAUGCAUUUAGAGACUUAUUUGCAAGGUUCUUGCCAGCAAUUUGAUUCUUAAGUUAGGCAUUUAUUUGUUAUUAAUUUUGUUGUCAUAUUGUGAAACACUUUACGAUCAAAGGCGAUGACCUUAACUCAGAUCAGAUAGUAAAAACCAUUUGUUCACAUUAAUUUAAGAAUAAAGCGAAUAAAAACCGACCAAUGGCUCAA